AUGAAGUGGAGAGCAGCUACUGGAGUCAUGUGUGACAAGAGGAUCCCGCUAAAGGUGAAAGGGAAGUUUUAUAGAGUGGCUAUUAGACCGGCUAUGCUAUACGGGUUAGAAUGUUGGGCGAUGACGAAAGCCCAAGUGGUUCGAGUAGAGGUGGCUGAGAUGAGGAUGUUAAGGUGGACUUGCGGGAAGACCUUAGCAGAGAGGAUCCCGACGGGAGUUUUUAGAGCAGAACUUGAAGUAGGGACCAUCAUUAACAAACUAAGGGAAGAGCGCUUGAGAUGGUUUGGCCAUGUUAGGAGAAGGGAUGAAACUACACCACGAAGGAGAGCGGACUCUAUUAAUGUGGACGGCAUACGAAGAAGGGGACGACCUAAGAUGAGGUGGGAGGAUCGAUUAGCGAAGGACCUAAUAGAACUUGGCCUGUUGGAGGACAUGACGUCGGAUAGGACGGCAUGGAGAACUAGGAUUAGAGUAGAAUAUUAG